AUGCAGAUCCUUCCUCGUCGCGUCGCACCCGUCCAGAUCCCUUCCUCGCCGCGUCGCCUCGCGCAGCCGCCUCGCCCAGAUCUCGUCCUCAUCGCGUCGCCUCGCGCAGCUGCCUCCAUCCUUCCUCUUUCCCGUCCAUCCGUCGUCGCCGUCCCCGAGCAGAAGGAAAAGAAAAAUGAGAGAGGAGAGAAGAAGGGUCUUGGAGAUGGAGGGCCCCCGAGCAGAAGGAAAAGAAAAGUGAGAGAGGAGAGAAGAAGGGUCUUGGUUGGAGAUGGAGAGUUAGGCUUAGGCAGUUAG